GAGUAGGGCCCCCCCGGGAGAGAGAAAGAAAGGGGGAGCGAGGCGAGGCUUCUUUGUGUGAGGGGCCGAGCUAGCGCUGGUCGCCCCGCCCGGCUCGUGUACCGGGAUGUGGACUCUGGGGCUCGUGAUCCUCGCCCCCUGCCCGAGCCAGGGCGGGCCUGAGCGUUGUAAAAAGGGGGGGGGGGUAGCUUUCUUGGGGAAGCGGUGAGGGAGUCCUUGAGCCCUCCCCAACCCCGUACACACACACAAACGCGCACACACUCAUUUCGCGGUCAAGCUCAGCCCCGAUCCCAGCCUGGGUUACCUGUCGUAGUCUGCAAGAGCCCCGACUUGUGGCUCUUGCCUUGUCCCUCGCCCCCCACGCCCUAAGCCGAGCCCGUGGCUGGGGCAUCCAACCCCCUCCUCCUCCCUCCCUGCGGGGAGGAUGCUCUAGUGUCUGGGUGUAACCCACUGCCUCCUCGCAGGACUGGAUGGGAGAGGCUCGGGAAAGGUGUUACGUCCUCCAGGUGGUGGAUCUAAUUUUACUUUGGGCUUUGAUGAGCCUACAGAACAACCAGUAAGAAAGAAUAAAAUGGCAUCUAAUAUUUUUGGAACACCUGAAGAAAAUCAACCUUCUUGGGCCAAGUCAGCAGGUGCUCAGUCGAGUAGGGAUAAUUCUGAACUAUCUGGACUCCAAAGAAGAAACUCUUCUGAAGCAGGUUCUGGAGAUUUUUUAGGUCCAAAGGGAGAAGGUGAUGUGCAUGAAAAUGUGGAGGCAGACUUACAAGUUGACCUGGGACAGAAUGAAGAGAAAUCUGUGCCUGCUGCACCUGUUCCCAGCCCAGUUGCAUCAGCGCCAGCACCAUCCAGAAGAAAUCCACCUGGUGGCAAGUCCAGCUUAGUCCUUGGUUAAAUAUGACUCUUUUUUCCUCCCCUCCAUGCUUGUGAACUGCACAACUUGAGCCUGACUGUACAUCUCUUUAAAAUUUCUUUCAUUAAAAAAAGCACUUUAUGUACUACUGCCUUUUUUUUUUUUUUUUUUUUAAACAAGUAAUUUCCCCUUUUGUCCAGGUCUGCAGGCCAUGGCAUAAGUGUUCUCUGUAGUAGCUUGCUGAGGGAACACUUUAUGAAGCUUAGAAAUGUGUUUUCAAGAACUAAAAGCUCAGUUCUAAAUGUGUUAGAGUUUUUUGUACCUAGAUGGUUUUUUAAACUCCAUUUUUGAUCAGCUUUACUGAUCAAUCAAGGCUCAAUAAAUCCAUGUAAACAGUCUGAAGGUACAGUUCUUCUCAGGCCCCGAAACUCAAAGUUGACUUCAUCUCAAACUGUCUCUUUGGUUUCAAUCUAAUUUAUCCUGUAAAUAUCCUUUGCUCCAAGUGUCCACACUUUACUGUGCCAUAUGUACCUGUAAAGAGCCCUGGGCCUCAUAUGCCUUGCUGACUGGAAAGCAGAGAAACUGUCUUUAGAUUUUGAACAUAGGAAUUAAACGUGGUGUAAAACUGAUGUCUGACAAGCUGAGCCUAAGACAGGGGAAGGAGAGUUGGGUGUCCAAUUGAAUUUAGCUGGAUUUAAAAACAGUAGAGGAAGGGGAGUGAAUCAUACAGAAAGUGAGUAUUCAUCAAGGAAUGUAUCCUGCAGGGGUAUUUUCCCUACAAAAUGACUCAGUGCUGUGUGCAUGAUCAUGCUGGUGCUUGACCAUGAAGUGAAAGUCUCAUCUUUAAAAUGUGUUGUAAUUUCAUUAAUCUGGGCUGUUUAAAGUAAACAACAGAGAAGUUUUGAAG